CUUAACCAUCAGCCAAAUCGCCAUCGAGCAACACCCUCCACAAUGGCUCUCCUCGUCGACAAGCACCGUCCGCGCACCCUUGAGACUCUCACAUACCAUCCUGACCUCUCAGAACGACUCCGUGCCCUCGCGAACAGCGGUGACUUCCCACAUCUUCUAAUUUACGGUCCAUCUGGAGCCGGCAAAAAGACUCGGAUCACAGCCACAUUACGGGCACUAUACGGUCCUGGAGUUGAGAAGAUCAAGAUUGACAGCAGAGUCUUCCAAACAACGUCGAACCGCAAGCUAGAGUUCAACAUCGUCUCAUCGAAUUACCACCUCGAGAUCACGCCUGCAGACGUCGGGAACUAUGACAGAGUGGUCGUGCAAGAUCUGCUGAAAGAGGUGGCUCAGACACAACAGGUCGACCUGUCAGCAAAGCAACGCUUCAAGGUUGUGGUCAUCAAUGAAGCAGAUCAGUUGACACGAGACGCCCAAGCGGCACUGCGUCGGACAAUGGAGAAGUACAGUCCCAACCUGCGCCUCAUCCUGCUGGCAAACAGCACUUCGAACAUCAUCGCGCCCAUCCGAUCACGUUGCUUGCUGGUGCGAGUGUCGGCACCCACCGAGGCGGAGAUCUGUGAAGUGCUUGCAAAGGUCGGCAAGGAUGAGAGGUAUACAAGCUGUGAGCCAUUGGAGAAGAAGAUUGCGAGAGAGUCGAAAAGAAACUUGAGGAGAGCGCUGCUUAUGUUCGAGGCCGUGCACGCUCAGAACGAGCAGGUCUCGGAGAAGACACCCAUACCUCCACCGGACUGGGAGGCGCUGAUUGAAGUCAUCGCGAAGGAGAUCAUAGAGGAGAGGAGCCCGGCGAGAAUCCUGCAAGUUCGUGCAAAGCUAUAUGAUCUGUUGACGCACUGCAUUCCUGCUACGACGAUUCUCAAAACACUCACGUUUAAGCUUAUGCCAAAGCUGGAUGAUAGCCUCAAGCCGGAAGUCGUCAAAUGGGCUGCUUUCUACGAGCAUCGAAUCCGCAUGGGCUCCAAGGUCAUCUUUCACUUAGAAGCCUUUGUCACAAAAUUCAUGCGGAUCUACGAGAUGAACUUCUUGGGUAUGGACCUUGACGAUGACUUGUUUGACUGA